AUGUGGAAUUUGUGUAGUAGAACGAAUCAUAUCUAUUUGUGGAUGCAGAUGAAUAAAGAUUCUUGGUGCAUCGCAUCUAUUAAUGAAGAUUUUUCAGUAUCUCCAACUUAUCCUCAAGAUUUUAUUUUACCAACACAAAUUCUUAAAGAAACGUUAACGAAUUUGAAUUCAUCUAGUACUUAUUCUAAUUUAUCUAAUGCUUCAAUUGAAUCACAGCCCACGACUAGUUCACAAUCUACUUCAGAAUCACAAUCUGGUUCUGCUUUCUUUGAAAAUCUUGCUAAAUUUCGGUCUCGUGGACGUUUUCCUAUUAUUUGCUGGAAAAAAGGGCACAAUGUAUUGAUGAGGAGUGGGCAACCAAUGGUUGGAUUUUUGGGAUCAAGAGGAUUAGAAGAUGAGACAUUAAUGCGUGAAGUUCUUUCCACCGUUGAUGAAGAACAUCAAAUUUUAGCAGCAACGAUGAUAAGUAAAGAUGCAAGAGGUUAUGCCGCAGCUUUUACUAAUGGAUGUCAGGGAGGAGGAUAUGAAAAUAUAGAAAAUUAUCCACAAAAUACAACUUUACAAUUUCUUGGCCUUUCAAACAUUCAUACAAUUGCUGCUUCACAUUCCGCUUUAUUACGCGCAAUCGCAACCAAUGCUUCAUCACCGAAUUGGUUCUCGUUACUGAAAACUACAGGAUGGUUAGAUCAUGUGGCUGAUUUACUAAGAUCUGCUGGGGGUAAAGAAGGUGUCGUUGGGAAACUUGUUGAUGAUGAUGCUAGUGUUUUAGUACAUUGUACAGAUGGUUGGGACAGAACCACACAAUUGGUUUCACUGGCUCAAAUAAUGGUGGAUCCGUUUUAUCGCACAAUUAAGGGUCUACAAGUGUUAAUUGAGAAGGAAUGGAUUGCCUUUGGACAUCCUUUUCGUUCACGUAGUGAUCUCCCUAAUAAUCUUUGUAAUAAUGAUCCAAGGUCACCUUCUAAAAUUAAACAAAAUUCCCGUAAUUUCAAGGAGCCACAAACUUUAGAAACCGCACCAGCUCCCGUGUUUCUUUUAUUCCUUACAUGCCUUCAUCAUAUCUUAGAACAAUUUCCAUCUGCAUUCGAAUAUAACGACUUCUUUUUGCUGUGUCUUGCUCGAGCCGCGGCCGGAAAUUCUCCCUUUGGAGAUUUUUUGUGUAAUUGCGAAUGUGAACGAGAGGCCAUACAAUUACGGGAGAGAACAAGAAGUAUAUGGUCAUGGGUUAAAGAACGUAGGCAAUGGUUCAGAAAUCCAUUGUAUCAAAGAAUUCGUCCAUAUGACCUAAUUCAUCAUAACGAUCACAGUACUUGGAGUGAUCAUUCGUGGAAAAAGGAUGUUUUACGUCCAGACACUGAUGCAAGGGUUAUUACAUUAUGGUCUGAUUACUAUUUCCCCAAAAAAAAUGAUUUAUCAAUUGCCUUAUUGUCAAUGCCUUAUUGCGCUGAUGUCGAACUAGAAGAAGGUAUCGGGCCUUCUCAACAUCACAUUGGAGGAUUUCCUUCAGAAUAUUAUCUUGUCAGCCUUUUCAUGAAAAGAAAAAGGCGGAGAAUUGCAGAAAAGUGGAAAGAUGAUGAGUUAAACCAAUCGCAGGAAACGCAGGAUAAAACAAGUAUUGAUCACGCAAAUAAAGACCUUGAUAAAUCAUCUAUAUUAUCCUCAUCACAACAAUCAAC